AAAUACUUGUGAAAAAAAGGGAAAAAAGAAUAAAAAUGGCCCAUAUAUAUAAAUAUCACCGAUUCACCAUUACUGUGUUGAAUGUCCGAACUAACUUGCUUUUGUGACCGAAACUCACACAUCCCUACCCAUUUUCUCUUUCUCUCUCCUCUCUCUUUCUUUUCAUAAUUUUGUUCUUGCCUCACAUAAAAAAACCCUUCUUCCUAGGAAAAUAAACAAACAAAAGCAAAAAUUUAUAAAAAAAAAUGUCUUCUCCUAGCAAGCGCCGUGAGAUGGACUUGAUGAAACUGAUGAUGAGUGACUAUAAGGUGGAGAUGAUCAAUGAUGGCAUGCAAGAAUUUUAUGUUGAAUUUCAUGGACCCACUGACAGUCCUUAUCAGGGAGGUGCUUGGAAGAUAAGGGUGGAGCUUCCUGAUGCCUAUCCAUACAAGUCUCCAUCCAUUGGUUUUAUCAACAAGAUAUAUCACCCCAAUGUUGAUGAAAUGUCGGGGUCGGUUUGUUUGGAUGUUAUCAAUCAGACAUGGAGUCCUAUGUUUGAUUUAGUAAAUGUUUUUGAAGUGUUUUUACCUCAACUUCUGCUGUAUCCUAACCCAUCAGAUCCCUUGAAUGGGGAAGCUGCAGCCUUGAUGAUGCGUGAUAAAGCUGCUUACGAGCAGAGGGUGAAAGAUGUGUUUUGGGGAGAUUUGUGUGGUCUUUAUUCAAGUUGAAGUGGGUUAUUGCAUCUGGAUUAUUAUUUUGGGUUAUUCUUCAAUCAUCUAAAGAAAAUAUAGGGGAAAUUCAAGCGGACAAGGAGUUUAAGAAGUGACAAAGGCAAGAAAGUGGGAGGUUUCUACGCAUAAUGACCAAUUAUGAAACGAACACUCUUUUGUCUAAAGAUGCGAAAUCGUUGGGGAAAGCGUCAUUGUAGGAUGUAAAAGGUUGUAUUAAAGUUUGAUGCCCCAUAUGAAAGAAAGUUGUGAAUUUUGUUCUGAAUAAUUUCCCUUUUAUUGAGGAGAAAGCCACACUUAAGGGCUUAGAUUUCGAUUAUUUAGUGUUCUUCUAAAGGAAUUGGUAGUUGUUCGUAUUCAACAUAAAAAUAAAAAAAAGUAGUUGGGGGUUUAUGACAUAUUAUGGGU